AUGAACGUUGGUGUUGCUCAUAGUGACAGCAAUCCCACACAUUCCUACUUCAGCAGCAAAGGAAUAUGGCUGACCUAUGUGCUGCUGGUGUUUGGGGUGCAUUUGUUACUGCUGUCCCUUCCGUUUUUCUCUGUAGCUGUAGCAUGGACUCUGACUAAUAUACUACAUGAUUUAUGCAUGUUUGUGAUGCUCCACGUGACCAAAGGCACACCAUGGGAGGCUGCAGAUCAAGGCGUGUCCCGCUUGGAAACUCAGUGGGAGCAGAUUGACUAUGGAAAACACUUUACAGCCACCAAGAAAUUCUUGACCACAGUUCCAGUGGCAUUAUUCUUUUUGGCAAGCUUCUACUCACGCUACGACCCGUACCACUUUGUUAUUAAUGCCAGCGCGCUGAUACUGAGUCUAAUACCAAAACUGCCGCAGCUGCAUAAAGUGAGGCUUUUCGGCAUCAAUAAAUACUAG